GGCGGUCCUUAUUCAAAGAAUGGUAGUGGAAUAACUUCUGUCUUUUUUGACAGUCAUCAAAAUCGCAUGAUCACAUUUGUUUGUGUCGUAGUCGUUGUUUGAUAUCAAGUGCCUCCAGAACAAGCUAGUGGGGUGAGGCGGGUGUGGUUGAUAGCGUCUCCAUGUUACAAUGAGCGAUGCAAGUUUCAAAGUGAAGUGUGUCAGACCGGAGAACAAAGAGCAAAUUGAUGGAAGUUUGUUCGAAGCCUUCAAGAGUCUUAAGGAUCAUGGGUUUUCCCCGGUGUGUGGGUCGGUGGAAGAGUGUUUGGAGGUUGAGCAGAAAGAGAAAGAUUGUGUGUACUUGAUGGAUCCUUUCGAGGGACGAGCAUUUCAACACCUGUCGGCACUAGGAUGCAGGAUAUUCGGCCCACAGUGUGUUUUGUCCUGCCUUCUUGCAAAAAUGGAAAUCCCCCGGAGACGUGUUCCAAUUUACAACCUGGCAAUGAAGGAUAUCGUGGUGAGCUGCUCGAACUUGGACAAAGAUACGCGAGAGGAGAUUCACAAGAAAGUUGAGCUGAUGUGUGGGGAGGUUAGUCGAGUCUUCACGGAAAUAGUGACGCACCUCGUUGUUGGAGAGGUCGGCAGCAAGAAAUACCUGGUUGCAGCUGAGCUGGGCAAGCAGAUCAUGCUGCCACAGUGGGUGGAUGAUGUGUGGGAGAAAGCCAUGUAUAGACACGUCCAUUGCCAUGACGACCAGUUUGAGAAGCACAAGUGUCCGGUAUUUAUGGGUCUUGUCAUCACAGUGUCUGGCCUUGACAUUGAGGAAAGGAAGGAGAUUCAGAAGAUAGUGGAGGCUGAAGGUGGAAGCUACAGUGGAGAAAUGAAGCUAAAAGAAACCACUCAUUUAGUUCUGAAAGAGCCUAAAGGCCAGAAAUACGAACAUGCCAAAAAAUGGAAGAUUAACAUUGUUCGCACCACUUGGUUGUAUGAGUCUGUUGAAAAGGGAUACUGCUUGAAUGAAGCCGAUUUCUGGAUCGAAAACAAGACUGACCACAACACUAGCAGAUCAGUGAAGACGUCAACGCCUGAUAAAGAAAAAUCUACAAUCGAAAUGUCGAGGCUUGGUGAUAUUAGCACCAUAUCCAACAUAUCGGCCAUUGGCAGGGUCAACAACGCUAAUCGAUUCUGCCAAAGUCGCUUCUCCAUUGGCAGGGGAGAUAAUCUGUUGACACAACUUGAUCUCACCACGGCUCCCAACAACCAGUUUUUAGAUGGAUGCAAAAUUUACUUGUCUGGCUUCAGAUCACCUAUUUUAGAAAAGCUGAGGAAGAUUAUUAAUGCUGGCGGUGCAACCAGAUUCAGCAGCAUUGAUGAGAAUCUGACACACGUGAUCAUGGGAGAGAAGCUAGAAUCGGACAUCAAACAGCUGAGAGAAAAUCACUUGAAGCCGUUUGUCGUAACACCAUCUUGGCUUGCAGAGUGCUUCACUGAAGGCAGAAGAGUUGACGAAGAGCAGCACCAGUGCCUGGAGUUAUCCCCCCUUGACGAACCCACCUCUCCAGUUCAGAAGAAGAAAAGAAAAAAGGCCGAUGUGUCAAAACAGUUGAAACCGGUGUCGAACCAGGCCGCGGAGGCGGAGGAACACGAAGAUGACAUGGAAGACAUAAUGAGCCAGUAUCUGCCACAGCCUGAUGACACGACAGUGAAAGACGACGAGAAGGCGACCGAUGCCAAUGACGGAGAACAGACUCAAGAUCCGUCAGUGAAUCCAGACAACACGACAUUGGCAGAUGAAGUUGAUGGCGACCAUACUGAAGAAGCGAAUGGUGGAAUCUUUCACAGAAAAAUAUUUAUAUUCUUUGGAUUUGAGGAGGAGGAAACAAAAGAAUUGGGGGACUACAUUGUAGAAAGGGGAGGUAGAGUUGUUUCCGAAAACCAGCGGAGAAUUGCUGACUAUGGAAUUGUUCCCAUCACUGGAUACCCUGUAACAACCACAGUCACAGAAAUAGUCACAAACGCUUGGCUUCAAAUGAGUAUUGAACAAAACGACUUGCUGCCUGUGGGUGGGAACGAACUGUUUCGUCCGAUCGAUCUUGCAAGUGGGAUUGAUGAAUUGCAGCCGUUGAAAGGAUGUGUUUUGUCAGUCAGUGGCUACACUGGCACAGAACGAAAUUGUCUGACGUUCCUUAUAGAAAUUCUCGGAGCCAGGUGUCAAGAAUAUUUUGUGCGGAAAGCGAACAAAAUGCUGGAUGCUAGCACCCAUCUGAUUGUUCGAGAACCAGAAGGUACCAAAUACGAGACGGCCAAGAAAUGGAAGCUUCCUGCUGUGUCAAAACAGUGGCUGUUUGUGUGUGCAAGAACGGGGAAAAGAGCUCUAGAUUCGGACUACUUAAUAGAUAAGAUCUUUAAUAAAACUUCAGAAGAAGAAACUGGUCACACAAAACAAGCAGACACUAAUGCUGACAAAACCAGCCACAAAAAUGACGUAGAAGACCAAACCAACAAAACCAGUCGAGCAAAACGGUCGGAUUCCAAAACCGAUGUACCUCCAGGAGAGUGUCAGAUAGAAAUAACAGAUUUUGAAUCAAAACCAGAAAGUAUUGUUAAAGGAACGAAGAGAUCUCUAGCUCUGAAGACGAAGACCGAUCAGUCGAGUCUGGAGAGUGGUUUACGUGUAGAAAGUGAUGCUGCAGGUGUGGAGACUAACGAUAAUGGCAAGGGAGAGUUUGUGGCCAGUUCGUCGGCAGAGAAUUCCGAGAACCUGCCCGUUACCAUCGACGACCCGAUGGCGAAGGCGAAAGAACUGUUAAAGACAAACAAGUUGCAAGACAGCCAGAAGGAAAACGUCUCUCGCCGGUCGACCAGGAACACGCCGCUUUCCAGUAAACCGCAGCACUGUAAAUUAAAGGAUCUACAGCAGAUGACUCCAAAAUCUUUGCGAUCAUCAGAAGCCGGCAUCGACACACCGGGAAAGUUCCUAGCACCGGGAGUACAGUUCCGCCCCAAGUUCAACCUCACUGCAGCUUAUGCGAUGUUGGAAACCCCACCUGGUGAGAAAAAACCCAAUCGCAGAACGAGUACGUCGUUGAAGGAGCUGUUUCGAGACUCCAUGAAGGUGAUGGUGAAAAACAGUUCCCUACCUAGGAGAGAUAAAGUCACGCUGGAUGGAAAUUUAAAACCAAACUCGGAGUUUGAAGAUGAAGGACCGCUAGAGGGUGUCGUAAUCGCCGUCAGCCAGAAACUGAGUCACCUACAGGCCGAGUAUAAUGACAUCGUGUCCGAGCUGGGCGGCAGCUAUUCCUGGAACUAUACACUGUCCUGUACCCACUACAUCUUCCAGGGCCGAGCUAAUGACAAGAACAAAGACUUUCGAAAUGCCCGAGACCGAGGAAAAAUUAUUGUAUCACCGUAUUGGCUUUACGCUUGCAAGGAACAAAAACUACGUGUUGAUGAAGCUCAGUUUCCACACAACUACAAUCCAAAUCUUAGUCUGGUCGUUUCAACGAGGAGCACACCAGCCCGGUCGACGCGGCGAGUGGCUAAAAGCACGGCGAAGGCCGUCGACACCGACAUAGAAAGUUGCGCCGCUGCCACCACAAAAGAGAAACCCGCGGAAAUGGAGAAAGAUCCUGAUGUGAAGAAACUGGAUUUUGAGGAGUCGAAGAGUGACGCGUCUCCCCCCAGUGUGAGACCGAGUAAACGACCUUCACCUUUGUCUCUACCCAGACAGGCUGUCGCUCACGGUGGCGGUUCGUCUUCUUCGGAGGAGGAAAAUAAUCGUCUCAAUAAUAAAGAGGAGGAGAAACAAAAGGAGUGCGUGGCACCAGACAUGGGCAGUACCCUGGAGAUAAGAGAAGUCUUGUCCAAACAGAUAGAGACCAUGAUGUCCAGCUCAGGGAAGAAAGGAACGAAGAGAAGAACCAAAAAACUUGACUCCAGUGGCCAGUUGAACACAUCAGGAAACACUUCUGACAGCAGCAGGAGUCGGCCAUCAUCACGACAGAACCGGUGGAGUUUGAAAGAGGACAAGAAAGAAGUUGCCAGUAAGAGAAGUCGAAGAAGUGGGAGCAGGAGUUCAGACAACCUGUCCGCCCCCGAGGCGUCGCAGAGCGUACAAGUGACCUGGGACGACCCGACAGGAAGGCUGGAGCAAGAGAAGCUAGCGGAGAAGUUGGAGCAUGCGUUCAGCCCGAGUCAGAACACGGAUGACUUCAUUGCGGAUAUGGAUCUACCCAAUGACAGUGACUUCACACUCGCAAACGAUAAUCUCAUGAAGAGAAACGAUAAAUCUGUCAAGAUUCGUGUUUCUACAUCAAAGGGAGAUAGACGCAGUCAGGAGCCAAGAACACCAACUCCGGAAGCGCCACCUCUGGCCUUUCCAGGUCCCAAACCGACAACGGCAGUGAUGUCUCCUCAGCCUGUGGAGCUGGUAGACGACGACAGCUGUGACACAACCGGACAGCAUCGGCUACCACGGCAACUCGUCUUUCUCGUGUCGGGGAUGCAGCAGGCGGAGCGCGUUGACUACGGAGCUCUUAUAGAGCAGUUAGGAGGAAGACUUCUUGAUACACAGAACUUUGAUCAGUCAUGUACACAUCUUAUUGUCGAACAGCCAGCGAGGAACGAGAAAGUCCUGGCCGCGAUCGCGUCGGGUAAAUGGGUUCUUCACAAGUCGUACUUUGAGGCGUGUCGACAGGAAAACAAGUUUGUUAAAGAGGAUAGUCACGAGUGGGGCAGCGAGUUCACGAGUCGGAUCAUGUCAAACCUAACUCACCAGGCCUCCAAACUGGCGGCUGCGUGUCACCGAUGGAGACAGAAAGUCAAAGAGCUCAGAAAGUUGAAUCCACAUUGUAAAGGAGCGUUCGAUGGUUGGAGGGUUCUGCUGUGCUCGGAUAAAAAGCGGGAAAAUAACUUCCGCCGUCUGCUGGAAGCUGGAGGUGCAGACGUCUUGUCGUUGAAACCGCCAUUUUCAUCCGACGUAUCAGCAUCUCAUGCAUUCCUAGAGCUACACAAAGUCGCAUUAUCUCAGGAAGACCUGGAACACCUGGUAGUGGGUGGUGUUCACUGCGUCAUUCCCGACUACAUUGCCUCGUACCUGACGGACGACCCGCUUCCAUCGGUGGAGGACUUCUGUCCCCCAGAAAUAUCGGCACUCAAAGCAAGUCUUCCUGACAAGUCAACGAAGAAACGUAAAAAUACAACGUCAUCCUCAUCAGAUACAAGCAUAAAGAGACAACAUCGCCAUUGACGUCGUCAUUGUAAAAAGACAAUCAAUCUGGGCUGUUUCCUAUGACAUUUUAAACUUUGUGACAUUUCUGUUAUUAACUUAAAUGUUAUUCCAUUAGUAGGAAAAACAACAGAUAAUUAUCCAUGUUGUUCCCCUACCUGUCCAACCAGAGGGGACUUUAGGCUUCAUCUCUGUCCUUCUAUCUGUCUGUCUGUUUGUCUGUCUGUCCGUCCGUCAGCAGUUUUCCAGACUUUUUCUUUGGCAAGUCCAAGAUGUGGAGUUGAAAUUGUUUACACAGUUUUAUGAUGUAAUUACCGCUAUAUUUUUCCUAAUGCAGCAAGGGAUCUUUAAUCAGCACUUUCCCACAGACAGGAAAGCACAUACCACGGCCUUUGACCAGUUGUGAUGCACUGGUUGGAAUGAGAAAAAAAACCCCAAUCAGUUGAAUGGAACCACCGAGGUGGUUCGAUCUUGAGACGCAAGCACCUCAAGCGGGCACUUUGGUGUGUGUUACGCAUAAAUUACACAUUUUAUAGUUUAAGAUUCCUUUUGGCGUGAUGUACCCCAGAGGUAAAAUGCUCGCCUGGGGCGCAGUCGGUCUAGGAUCAAUCCCCGUCGGUGUGCCUGUUGGGCUAUUUUUCGUUCCAGCCAGUGCACCACGACUGGUAUAUCAAAGGCUGUGGGAUGUAGUACCCUGCACCACGACUGG